UCUAGCUCUCUCCAUGUGCGUGGGGCUGCUGGUGUGACUUCAUGAUAUAUCUUCUCUCUCUAUCUCUCUCUCACUCCUCUUUAAAUAUAAUCAAACUCAUGAUCCUGAGAAAUAUAUAUAAUCCCCAUCUCCACACCUACCCACCAAAUUAAUUAAUAUCCUCCGAUUCAUUCUCUCUCACUAAUAUAAUAUAAUAUAUUCCCAGCUUCAUUCAUUCUUGUUUGUUGAAAAGAAAGAUGGCGGAAGCUCAUGAAGAAAAUGGAGUGCAAGGAAAUGGAAAUGAAGAAGGAGGAGGGAAAAGCAACAAUAGCAGUUACAUGUGCAGGCAGAGCAGUACGAGGUGGACGCCGACAACAGAACAAAUAAGAAUACUGAAGGAGCUUUACUACAACAAUGGAGUCAGAUCUCCAACUGCUGAACAGAUUCAGAGGAUAUCUGCUAAGUUAAGACAGUACGGUAAGAUUGAAGGUAAGAAUGUUUUUUACUGGUUCCAAAACCACAAAGCCCGCGAGAGGCAGAAGAAGCGCUUCACUUCUGAUCAUCAAAUCAUCCCUACAUCAACAAUGCACCACCACGUCAGCAGGCCUGGUAAUAAUACUUGGAAAACCACUCAUCAAGAUCACCUCUACACCAAGUUUUCUUCCAACCCACCUCCUCCUGCUGCUGGUGGUAAUUUUCCAUCUUCGUCUACUUCUUCUACACCAGGUUUCCUAGGUAGUGCUCAUGUCGGAAAUUAUGGUUCUGUGGCCAUGGAGAAGAGUUUUCGGGAGUGUUCGAUAAAUAAUCAAAGUGGAGGAGGAAGCGUUAAUGGUGGAACGAUGGGGCAGAGCUUUGCAUGGAUAGGUGUUGAUAAUCCAUACCCGUACCCGCACCCAUACCCGUACCCGCACCCGUUUCUUGAGAAGAGAAAAUUAUACGGUCAAGCCCUAGAUUCAAUGGAAAUGGAAAUGGAGGAGCAGCAGAUUGAAACCCUUCCUCUCUUCCCAAUGCACGGCGACGACUUGGUCAAGCACGACUUUAAUGGGUGGCGCCGCCGUCCUCAAGCUGAUGAUGAUGAUUCCUCCGCCGUCGCCGGACCUAUGGCUUCUCUUGAGCUCACCCUCAACUCCUAUGCUGCUGCCGCCUCCUGCACCAGAUUCUCCACUUCUUGAAUAUUAUUAUAUUAUUAUUAUAUUUACGGCUAUAUAUAUGCAUUAAUUUUAAAUU